CAUUGAUAAACUGGAGGUAUUCACAGAUGGCUUAUAAAUAUUGUCCCUAAUACUACUCUCUGUUCACAUGGAGGAAAAUCAAAGCUCACACUGAUAGGCAGGGCUGACUUUAGAGGCAAACCUGCAGGGAAUCAGGAAUGUACCUGGGUUACCAAAGGAUGUCAAAAGGAGCAAGUUUGUGCUGAACAGAAUAUAUAUGAUUCAGUGAUCCUCUCUCCUCCUCCAGAAAUUAUUUUGAGAUAGGAGUGCAGGGAACAUGCAGAGAAAAGGCAUGUAGAGAAGGCAACACUGACAACCACAGAGAAAACCAAUAGUUACAUAAAUAAUCAGAGUCAAGCCACAAAGAGUUUUAUUUUAUUUUUGUUUACUUCUUUAUUUCUGCUUGGGAGAAGCCUAUAGUAGUGAUGAAAAUGGUCAACAGAGACAUGAAUGGAUUUUCUUUAAAACGAUGCUCAGCCUUUCAGUUUGUGAAAAGAAAGGUCAGACGAUGGAUCCGAAACCCCAAAGUGAAUGUGGAGAAGAGUCACAGCACAAAUAUGAAGUAUUCCAAUUCAACCAGUAUGCUUCACAAGUCUCCCUUGGAUCAGGAACUUCGAUAUAAGCAGUACCCUGCUUACAGCUGCGGUCAUCUUAACUACACAAGAAACAUGAGUCAGACUGAAACAGCCAGUGUUGUAGACAAAAGCAGCAACUGUAAUGCAAAAAAAUGGAAGACAACAAAUAAGCACCAUGCAGAUAAUAAACAAAAUAAUCCUGUAAGACAGCAUAAUAUGGAAGUGUGCUUGGCUUCGCCCUGGUCAGGGAGACAUGCUCUUUGUUUGGCUCAACCCAUCCUGCUUGAAUGCUGUGUCUGCAGUGCUCCAGUUAUAACCUGCAUGGCCCAGGACAUCUGGGAGACAAGGAGCCGCACACAGGCAAUGGAUCUUUUCUAUCCAAUGUACAUGCCGAGAGAGAGAUCAUACUGCUGUGCAGAGGAGCCAGCCUUCAUGAAGCAAAGAAGAAUGGGACUGAAUGACUUCAUUCAAAAGCUGGCCACUAACUCAUACGCCUGCAAACACCCCGAGGUUCACUCUAUUCUCAACAUGAACCCACCACCAGAACCUGAACUUAUGAAUGCCAACCCGUCACCUCCACCAAGCCCAUCCCAACAGAUCAACUUGGGACCAUCCUCCAACCCCCAUGCCAAACCAUCAGACUUCAAUUUCUUAAAAGUCAUAGGGAAAGGAAGCUUUGGAAAAGUACUGCUUGCACUACAUAAGAAUGAUGAAAAGUUCUAUGCUGUUAAAGUCCUCCAGAAAAAGGCAAUCUUGAAGAAAAAAGAGGAGAAACACAUCAUGUCCGAAAGGAAUGUCCUUUUAAAGAAUGUGAAACACCCUUUCCUGGUUGGGCUCCACUAUUCCUUCCAGACGGCAGACAAGCUCUACUUUGUCUUGGACUAUAUUAAUGGUGGAGAGCUGUUUUAUCACCUCCAAAGAGAACGGUGCUUCCUGGAGCCCAGAGCUCGCUUUUAUGCUGCUGAGAUUGCUAGUGCACUUGGCUACCUGCAUUCUUUGAACAUUGUUUACAGGGACUUGAAGCCUGAAAACAUUCUGCUUGACUCCCAAGGGCACAUUGUGCUUACUGAUUUUGGACUGUGCAAGGAAAAUAUAGAACCCAAUGGCACUACUUCAACGUUCUGUGGCACCCCAGAGUAUUUAGCUCCUGAGGUUUUGCACAAACAACCAUAUGACCGAACAGUGGAUUGGUGGUGCCUCGGCGCAGUGUUGUACGAGAUGCUAUAUGGACUGCCUCCCUUCUAUAGCCGAAAUACAGCUGAAAUGUAUGAUAACAUUCUUAACAAACCACUACAACUGAAACCAAACAUCUCAAAUUCUGCCCGACAUCUUCUAGAAGGUCUUUUGCAAAAGGAUCGGACAAAGCGACUAGGAGCCAAAGAUGACUUUAUGGAAAUUAAAGUCCACAUAUUCUUUUCUCCAAUUAACUGGGAUGAUCUGAACGCCAAGAAACUUACUCCUCCCUUUAAUCCAAAUGUAACUGGUCCAAAUGACUUAAGGCACUUUGACCCAGAGUUCACAGAUGAGCCUGUUCCUGGCUCAAUUGGACAAUCUCCAGACAGCACCUUGGCUUCAGCCAGUAUCAAAGAGGCAGCUGAAGCUUUUCUUGGAUUCUCUUAUGCGCCCUCUGUGGACUCCUUCUUGUAAUUGUAACUAACAAAGUAAAUAUUUCAGAAUCCAUCUCGCUUCACAGAAGCUCAAGUUGGAAGUGGACGUUUUGCACUUUUUUUUUUUUUGUCCCUUCGGCAGCUUUUGCAGUCUUUUAACAUGUUAUGAGGUUGGUUGUAUUUCUGACAACAAAAUACAUCAAAUCUUUGAAGAGCAUGUGUCUAUUCAUUUUCAAACUUGAUUCUGGAAUGACUGGUGCUACCUUCUUGUUAUCUGAAUGGUUGAAUAACCACCUACCAGAGGAGAACACUUGAGGAUUUUUUUUUAUGUGUUUGAGAAUUUUGUUCCAUGUGCCUUUUUUAAUUUUGAACACCUGAGGAGGACUUCAGUUAAACAAGGUUUUUUUGGUUUGAGUCGUUGUGUUGGACUGCUACAAAGGAGCGAACUGAGUGGAUUAAUUGUGGCAUCGUUGUCUCUUCAGUCUUCUAUUGCUUACAUGAUUUUCUUAGACUGACACUACAACGUGGGGCAUUGGAUACUUCUUCCACAUUUGGAAGAUGAAAAACAAUUUAAAUGUUUUAUUUUUUUUUUAUUUUUACUAAGGAAUAAAAUGGUUAUAAAUCUACAAAUUGCUUGUGGAGUACUGCUGCUAUAAAUGUGUGUGUGUGUGUGUAUAUAUAGUAUUCUUGGACCAAAAAUGUAUACAUUUUUAAAAUGCCCCAUAAGCAGAGUCAGACUUUUACAUUUGUGUAAAUUGUCUUGUGAAAAUGACAUUAAACCACAUUUUUACACUUUACAUUCCAUCAUAUUGUAAGUUUGAACUGUACAUAGGAGUUGUUUUACUGCCUAACUUGUGUAUUUAAAAUAAAACCUAUAACAAACUGCAAGAAUUGUUUCAAUGUUACAUAUUUUCAUGUGUUUUCCCUUUUUGUUAAAUGUGCUUUUUGUGUUCUGUGACAAUGUUGGCUUGCAGUAAAUGUGAAUGCUUUUUAAGCUGA